UUGUGAGAGAAAAAAAAUGAAUUCAUAACUACUAUUAUGAAACACCACGAAAGCAUACACUAGCUUGUAUAUUGUACAACGAGUUAAAUACUGUGCAAGUGUAAUAUUGAAUGAGUAUACGUUACAAUGUUAUUUCAAUGACAACUUCUAUCAAACAAAUCUAAAAGGAUAUCGAUUGGAUUCAAAGUUAGGCGUCUAAGAGCGGCUUUUGAACGCUGUUUGUAUUUUUCACUCACACAGGCGCGCGUGGUCGCGUGUUUAUGCGUGUGGUUGGACGCGUCUGUGGCAGUACCGGUGCAGAACCGCUGUCGGAGUGGAAUCGUCCCAGCGGCCGUGGCCGUGUGGUCGUCGGUCGGCCGGCAAGCUGGUCGCCACGUGCAUACGUACACGCGACGGGAUCUCGAGUUUGAGGCGGGAAAAAAAUAAGGAGCAAAAGGAUUGAACGGCGAACGUCGCGGCCGCGGUCCUGAUCCGUCACGUCGUUACUCGAUCAGCCGCGGCAGCGAGGUGUUGUCGUCGUCGUACCCCAGAGCCGGCGGAGGGGCGGUCGCGCACGGCGCGCCAGCCAAUGAACGCGCGCCGUCCCACCCACCGACCGGGCACCCAGCGCCGCGCCGCCGUCGAUCGCGAUCGCGCGCGCUGAGCCCAGAGCCACCGACGGCCGCGGCAUUGCGGAAACUGCAUCGGUUACGUUCUGACGCCGCGGCACCUCAAUUCCGAACAUUAUCGCGCGAGUGCACAUCACUGCGUGUAUAAACUGUUCUGCCGUCCGGCGGGUGCUUCAGCCCGCGCGUUUGCGUUAAAGUUAUUCUUGCAGCUUGUCCAUCGAUAACGAUUUUGGUGAUCGUCGCAUACCGAAACGCCGAGGUGCGAUGUGACACAUCGAAACGUUCGUCGGAAACAUCUACCGUCGAUCAUCGUCGUCGUGACUCACGCCGGACACCCGUUUCGUUCUCGUGCGUGUAAACACGCUUUUACCCGUUUUCCGUUUUUUUUUUUUUUUUUUUUUUUUUACCGGCCGACAUGGAAGCCGACGACCCACGUCUAGCUGACGAGUACGUUAACGAGUUCGUGCUGGACCACCUGGAGAACGUGGUGAAGCGCGAAUUGCCGUCGGCCGACUAUCAGCACCACGGCCAGCAGCAGCAGCAGCAGCAGCAGCAGCAGCAGCAUCAAGGCGGCCACCACCAGCACCAUAACCAGCAGCUGCACCACUACGUCGGCAAAACAGCGGUCGGCGGCCGUUUGCCGUCCAUGCCCAUCACGGGUGGUGCCCGUAACACGUCCGUGGUCGUCCGGUCGCCAUCGCCCCAUUACCUGCUCACGCCACCCGGAUGCGAGUCGGAAUACUCAGCGUCGUCUCAUCACCACCGGCACCAGCACCCACACAUACAGGCCAGCGGUGGCAGCCGCGGUGGCGGUGGUGCCAUGGGCAUCAAUUGCCUCUCGGCCACCAUCGCGGUCGCUGGAGCGAUCGGAGGCGCCACCGCGGUCAAAGUUUCCGCGGCGGCAGCGGCCUCUACCGCAGGCACGAUAAUGUACCAGAGCACGCCGGGCACACCACCGGAAACGCCGCCGGUAAGCACGUCACCGCCACUGGCCAUACCGAUCCGGCAGCCGGGCUUCAUGGACGAGAUGACGUUCUUGACGCAGUCGUUGCGCCAGGGACAGGAGCCGCUGGACCUGAGGCCCAACUACGCGAGUUCCGAGGAGAUGCUUCAGCAGCACAACCACCACCACCACCACCAUCAUCAGCAGCAGCAACAGCAACAGCAGCACCACCACCACCAACAGCAGCAGCAGCAGCAGCAACAGCAACAGCAGCAGCAACAGCAGCACCUCAACCACCAUCAGCCGGGCCCAACGGCCGAGUGGAACAUGGAGCAGCACCAGCACGUGACCGUCAUCCAGCCCAGCUCGUUCGGGUGCAUCGGCAAGCGGUCGUCGUUCGUGUGCAACGACAGCAGCAUGAGCACGUCGCCCGGCGGCCCCGGCGUGUGCAACCUCGUCGAGUCGUCCAUGUGCUCGUUCUCGGCAGACCGUGGCAGCCGCGACCUGUCCGACGACCCGAUCAACGACGCGCUGUUACUGCAGCUGCCGGUGCGUGACCUCAACAAGCGGCUGCAGGGCAUCUCCAAGGAGGAGGUGCUCAAGCUCAAGCAGAAGCGCCGCACGCUAAAGAACCGCGGCUACGCGCAAAGCUGCCGGACCAAGCGCAUGAACCAGCGCAUUGAGCUGGAGAAAAGCAACCAGGCGCUGACGAUCGAGAUGCAGAAGAUGAGGGUCGAACUGUCGCGCGUCAUUGUCGAGCGGGAUAUGUACAAGCAGAAGUUGGCUGCGUUGACCGCGGCCAGGGAUUCCAUCACAAUCAUGGACAGCGAUCACUCCGGCUCACCCGAACGCUACCGGUGACAGACGAGGAGGUCGUACGCGUCUUCACUGUGGAUAUCCAAGUGUCUACCAACGUCCGUCAACAGUUAUGGUUCACGAAUUUCACGAACAUGAAAACGUAGAAAAUAAACAUUACUAUUACAUAAAAAAAAAAAAAGGAUAAGACUAAUAAAGUAAUUUGUUUUGAUUUUAUUUUAUUUUACUUUUUUUUUGUUUUUUUUAUUUACAUCAGUAGUUUUAGUGCACUUGUAUGUAAUUGUUCAUUAUUGUAUAGUUAUAAUAUUUAUGUGCCAUAAAAAAAUAUAUAUAUAUAUCUGAUAAGUAUGAGUUGAUGUAAGUGUACUAAAAAUAAUUUUUAAAGAGAAUGUUUGGGACGACGGUGUUCAUGUAAUAUACACAAAACGUGAUAAAACGAUGGUUAUAUUAAAUGUUUUUACACUUUCUGCAAUAUGGUACGCUCAUUAGUCGUACUCGUACGAAUUGUUUGUGCGUAACCAAUACAAUAUUUUUGAACUUUUAUAGUCGCCCGAGACCCCGAGACCGUUUUAUCUUUACAACAAAUACACGUAGCGAGAGCGUACCAAUGACAUAAUGCAAAUACAUUUAUCUUACCCCCGGUACGGCGUCAACGUUAUAAUUCAAAACCGAUGAAACAGUUAGGAUGUAUUUUACAUCGUUCUCGCGUUCGAACACCACCCUCGAAUCACCCGCUAUUGAACAGGUUUGAAUACCGGUGAAAUGCUAGAGGGGGGGAGGAUUGGAAUCGAACGCGCGUCGUACGUCACGUCGGUGCAAGACGUACAAGUCCAGGAUCCGCGGGCCAAACCAAAUGUUCAGUCCGUUUGAAACGACCAUUCGUCUGAUCGACACCCAAACUGUAAUCGGCGUUAGACCAAAAUCCACUUACCGACUCUAUUUACCGACCGUUGCACACCGAAUCGGUGUAUUUUCUAUGUUUCAUUGUUUGCUCCGAUGUCGGUCCGCAAAUCGAUUUUCGAUUUGCGCGCCCCAAUCUCAAUAUUCGACCGACGCUACUCGACGUGAACACACGCGAUAAACGUACGACGGUCGAUCUCGACGAAUUCGGACCCAGUAGCCAGACUCGACCCGCGACACUCGUCCGAUCCGAAACACGCGUGUACCGGUUCGACGAGCGACGCCACGGAAAACCGCUGCAAACGCCGUUUUUAUCCGAUCGCCUGCGCCUGUAACAGGUCGUCGGCGUUUCAAUCGCGAACCCAUUGGCACGUUUCCGGAACGGUCUCUUUUACGGCGCCCGUUACGCGCGAGCAUUUUGCGAAGUACUCUCUCACGCGGUCGUCUCGUCUUGCGCCCCGCGGUACGCAAUUCGAACGCCCGCGAGAAUCCUUUUCGCGCCACCCGGUUCGGUGUCGGUAUCCGCACGCGCGGACGAAACCCAACAAUCGGUAACCGCGAACGGUCGUUUUUCCUUUAUUUCCCUUUUCCCUACUCGUCCAUACUACCAUCAUCCAAUCCCCUUCACCACUAAAACAUGAACAACCGUCACCAAUGUCGGUACACCGUCUGGAAACCACUCUCGUCAAAACGCGGUUUAUUUUUUAAGUAGGUGAACACAACUAAUGUACAUUAUACUGUAUAUUUGGAUAAUCAGUGACUUAGUUAAAACAUACAAAACUGUCUCGAUUGUGUACAGCUGUUCUUUUAUAUUAUUGUUUGUUUAAUAUAACAUAUUAUUAAUAUUU